AUGGAUCCCAUCCCUCCAACACUCUACGCGCGGCACGCUAUGGCCAAUGCCCUCGGGCUGGCCAACCGUGGCGACAAGUCCCUGAUCAUCGUCAUGGCGACCGCGACCUGGUCCAAUGCUGCAGACGACGAAGCCGUCAACAUGGCGAUGAAGAAGCUGAUUGCAACCACUGAGCACAAUGUGGGCCGGAUGGGCAAGCUGGACCCCUUCAUCUACAUCAACUAUGCGGCACGAUGGCAGAACCCCAUCGCCAGCUACGGGCCGGCCAGCGUGGACAAGCUGCUCGAGACGCAGCGCAAGUACGACCAGUCCCUCGACGUGUUUUUACUCGCAUGGUCCCUGGUGGAUUCAAGCUUGCCCACUCCGUGA